AUGUCUCUUUACCUCAUGUCUCUUUACCUCAUGUCUCUUUACCUCAUGUCUCUUUACCUCAUGUCUCUUUACCUCAUGUCUCUUUACCUCAUGUCUCUUUACCUCAUGUCUCUUUACCUCAUGUCUCUUUACCUCAUGUCACUUUACCUCAUGUCUCUUUACCUCAUGUCUCUUUACCUCAUGUCUCUUUACCUCAUGUCUCUUUACCUCAUGUCUCUUUACCUCAUGUCACUUUACCUCAUGUCUCUUUACCUCAUGUCUCUUUACCUCAUGUCUCUUUACCUCAUGUCUCUUUACCUCAUGUCUCUUUACCUCAUGUCUCUUUACCUCAUGUCUCUUUACCUCAUGUCUCUUUACCUCAUGUCUCUUUACCUCAUGUCUCUUUACCUCAUGUCUCUUUACCUCAUGUCUCUUUACCUCAUGUCUCUUUACCUCAUGUCACUUUACCUCAUGUCUCUUUACCUCAUGUCUCUUUACCUCAUGUCUCUUUACCUCAUGUCUCUUUACCUCAUGUCUCUUUACCUCAUGUCUCUUUACCUCAUGUCUCUUUACCUCAUGUCACUUUACCUCAUGUCUCUUUACCUCAUGUCUCUUUACCUCAUGUCUCUUUACCUCAUGUCUCUCAUGUCACUUUACCUCAUGUCUCUUUACCUCAUGUCUCUUUACCUCAUGUCUCUUUACCUCAUGUCACUUUACCUCAUGUCACUUUACCUCAUGUCUCUUUACCUCAUGUCUCUUUACCUCAUGUCUCUUUACCUCAUGUCUCUCAUGUCACUUUACCUCAUGUCUCUUUACCUCAUGUCUCUUUACCUCAUGUCUCUUUACCUCAUGUCUCUUUACCUCAUGUCUCUUUACCUCAUGUCUCUUUACCUCAUGUCUCUUUACCUCAUGUCACUUUACCUCAUGUCUCUUUACCUCAUGUCUCUUUACCUCAUGUCUCUUUACCUCAUGUCUCUCAUGUCACUUUACCUCAUGUCUCUUUACCUCAUGUCUCUUUACCUCAUGUCUCUUUACCUCAUGUCUCUUUACCUCAUGUCUCUUUACCUCAUGUCUCUUUACCUCAUGUCUCUUUACCUCAUGUCUCUUUACCUCAUGUCUCUUUACCUCAUGUCUCUUUACCUCAUGUCUCUUUACCUCAUUGCCUGUCUGUCCUUAGAUAGAAAGGCCCUCUUCUUCUCCUUCAGCAGGGCCUUAAUCUCAGUGUUCAUCCACGGCUUAUUGUUGGAGAAGCAUCAUAUCAUCUUGUAA